AUGUAUGAUGCAGCAAAAAAAAUAUUAUUUUAUAAAGAAAAAUUGAUUCCCGUAUUUGAAGAACUGAAAUUAAAUAAAUUAAAAACGACUGAGUGGCUGUUUCUCAAAGAGUAUUGUGAAGUUAUGGAGCCAUUAGCAUCUGCGCUGGACAAACUACAAGAAGAAAAAAAAAGUUAUCUAGAAUAUGUAGCUCCAACAACCUUGUCCAUAAGACUUUUAUUAUUAAACUCAACAAAUAGAGUAUAUUGUAAACCAUUAAGUUUAUGCAUAAUUCAAAAUCUAAAAAAACCAUUUGAUUAUUUAUUUAACUUAAGCAGUUCCAACUGUUCCAAGAGUAAAGCAUUUAUUAUAGCAUCAAUGAGCCAACCAAAAUUUAAAAUGAACUGGGUACCAAUAAGAUAUAAAAGUUUGUUCAGAAAGUUAUUUGUCAGUGAAUGUAAUACAUUAAGUGCUGUUAUUCAUGUCCAAAUUCUGGUUCAUCUAGUGAAGAAAAUGACGAGAGUGAUGAUGACGAAUUUUAUAACAAUUUACUAG